GUUGAAACUUACUCAUAGGAGAGCCUAAUUUGUUCAAAUUGGUAGUGCACUCUUUCGUUUGAAAGGGUGAUACUACCCAUAGCCCUUGCUCUAACAGUACCUUCAUCUUCUUCAAAAUCUGAUCAGUGAUCGCAGAUGUUUGUCUCCUCUCCAUGUAACCCGUACAAAACUAAGAACCUUGUUUUAGACAGUGGGUUCAAGUACCCAUCAUUUAGCAAAGAUUCAGACAUGGAUUUGAUUAGAUCUGUUCCGGCAAAUAUUACUUAUUUUGGCUGUUGUUUUCCAUUGCCGGAAACGCUUGAUGCUCACAAGAGGAAUGGCGUGGGAUAGGAACAAGGUGAUAAGUGCAGGCAUGAACUGUUCCGUUUUAGCAAUCUAGUUUACAAGGCUAGAGACGUCUUAACAGGGGAUAUUGUUGCCCUUAAGAAGAUUCGAACGGACAAGGAGAAAGAAGGGUUCCCUAUAACUGCCAUGCGAGAAAUUAAAAUUCUAAAGAAAUUGCGUCAUCAAAAUGUUAUUAAGCUGAAAGAGAUUGUUACCUCCACUGGACCCAAGAACGAUGAGCAAGGGAAGCCAGGGCCGACAGUUGGUAACAAGUACAAGGGUGAUAUCUAUAUGGUAUUUGAAUACAUGGACCAUGACUUUUCUGGGCUUUCUAAACGUGGGGUGCGAUUUUCAGUUCCUCAGAUCAAGUGCUAUAUGAAGCAGCUAUUGACAGGACUUCAUUACUGUCACCUCAAUGAAGUACUUCACCGCGACAUUAAAGCUGCUAAUCUUCUAGUAGAUAAUGAGGGGAACCUUAAGCUAGCAGAUUUUGGCCUUGCAAGAUCAUUAUCCAACGACCAUCAAGGGAACCUAACAAAUGAAGUGAUUACAUUGUGGUAUAGACCCCCAGAAAUAUUGCUCGGAGCUACUAAAUAUGGACCGGCUAUUGACAUGUGGUCCGUGGGAUGUAUUUUCGCGGAGCUUCUGCAAGGAAAACCAAUUUUACCUGGCAAAGACAGGACGAUGCAACUGGACAUGAUUUUUAAGCUCUGUGGAUCUCCCAAUGAGGUCAACUGGCCUGGUGUCUCCAAGUUUCCAUGGUAUAACAAUUUCAAGCCAAAGAAGCCAACGGAGAGAUGUCUUAGGGAAACUUUCAGGCAGCAUGGUCGCCAUGCUGUGGAGUUAUUGGACAAAAUGAUGACUCUCGACCCAUCUCAGAGAAUAUCAGCCAAAGAUGCGCUUAAUGCCGAGUAUUUCUGGACUCAUCCCCUGCCUUGUGAUCCCAAGAGUUUGCCUAAAUAUGAAACGUCACACGAGUUCAAGGUACGCCAGCAGCAGAGGCAACAAGAGGAAGCAGCAAAACGGCAAAAGCUUCAGCACUCACAUGCGCCUCCAUACCAACAGUCUAGGUACCCUCCACUCCAUCCAGGAGCUAACCAGCCUAUACAUACUUCUCAGCCUCCAGUGGCUGCUGGAGCUAGCCAUCAUUAUGGUAAAUCACGAGGACCUUCUGGCGGGCCCUCUAGAUUCAACCCAAAUCGAGCAAGUCAAGGUGGUGGUGGAGGAGGUUACAACGCUGGCUCAUAUCCACCAUCUCCACAAGGACGUGGACCUCCUUAUGCUGCUAACGCAAUGCCUGGUCCCCGAGGAGGUGGUAGUAACUACAGUCGUACCAGUUCAAGUUACCGUCCACAGAACGGUCCAUAUUCACGAGGUUCAAGUUCUGGUCGAGAUACGCUAGGCAACGAUAGUAAAUCACAUCAGCAACAUUAUUAUAGUAGGCAUUAUAAUGGUGACAGGGGUUAAACGACACGACAGACGUAACUGAAUCAAGGCUGGAGGGAUUUUAUGUUUACUAUCAAGUUGCACGGUCUUCUUUUUCCACUGAAAGGCGAUAUGGUUGCAGGCCAGGACCUAAGAUUCGGUAUCUCAAAGUUGUGUAACACUAUUCCCUUUAGGGAACCUGGGGUAAAUCUGAAUUGGUACACAUACACCGACUGAUAUCACCUACAGGCAUCAUUGUAGCCAACUUUGGAUACCACUUGGCAAAUCUUAAAAAUCUCACUCAUCAUAACAAAAAUAAAUGUAAUUAUAGGAGUUGUGCAUUAGCCUGUUUCUGAGGUGGUACCGAGGUCUAUGAGUUGUAAAGUAUAUCCGAGUGCUUGAUCUUCAAAUGUGGAUCUCUGGAACGCUUUGUGACAUGAAAUCUCUCAUUGUACUUCAAAAGUUGUUCAUGAACCAAUAUGUGUCUAAAUUUUAUCAUUAUUCUGUCAUAUGAUUCCUA